AGGCAGGCCACCUUCCCACACAGCAUAUCAUCUUCCUUCGGGCACCUCCCGUAUCCAUUCUCAUCUCACAAACAACCAAAUGAGUGCCAAUAAGAAAACCACGAUUCCAACUCCACCUUCCUCUUCUUCGCAAACAUCCUCGCAAAUUGCUACUAUCCCUCAGAGGAUCGUACGAAAUCGGUGGACCUUACCUUCCAUCGUAUUAUUCACUGCCAGCAUAAGAUGGCUUUGGGGUUAUAUGCAAUGGCCUAACGGAGGGGAUUUGGCACUGUCACUCAACACCGGGUUUUUGAUACUUUACGUUAUUAUCUGGCGCUAUGUUGAUGGGUAGUAGGAUGGUAAUCCAUUUUGCCUGACUGCCUUUGUCAGAAUCAAUUCAGUUUGUCAGAAGUAACAAAAACAAAAACAACAACUUAUCCGAGACCCGUAAAUCGGGUUGAACAUUUUGCACACCCUUGAGUGACACGAGGUGCGCAGCACCGAGCUAGAAGGCCUCUAUUAGAUUUUCUCAAUCUCAUCAUUCUAUCUAUCCACGAAAA